GAAAGAUGGCCGCUUCCGUUGGGGCAAUGCUGCUUCUGUAAUCCAGUUUACUUUUAGAGUUGUGUUGAACAUACUGGGGAAAGCAGCGUUUAUUUAGUCGUACAUCUUUGCGGAGCGUUGUAACACUAUCGGCAGAGAUGAAGACCUUCUGUGGAAGAGCCAACCCGGCCACCGGAGCUUUAGACUGGGUGGAGGAGAGCGAGGAGUACGACUACCACCAGGAGAUAGCCAGGUCCUGCUAUGCAGAUAUGCUACAUGACCACGACAGGAAUGAGAAGUAUUACCAGGGCAUCCGGGCAGCUGUAGCCAGAGUAAAAGCUCGUGGUGAGAAGGUUAUCGUCUUGGACAUCGGAACAGGGACAGGCCUACUGUCUAUGAUGGCUGUCACUGCCGGAGCUGACUUCUGCUAUGCUAUAGAGGUUUUUAAGCCCAUGGCUGAGGCAGCGCAAUGCAUUGUGGAGAAGAACGGCUUCUCUGACAAGAUCAAGAUUAUUAACAAACACUCCACUGAUGUUACUGUGGGGCCAGAUGGAGAUAUGCAAAUGAAGGCCAAUGUUCUGAUCACAGAACUGUUUGAUACAGAACUGAUAGGUGAAGGAGCCCUGCCCAGCUAUGAACAUGCUCACCAAAAUCUGGUCCAGGAGGGUUGUGAGGCGGUCCCUCACCGGGCCACUAUCUACGCCCAACUGGUGGAGUCAGAGCUGCUGUGGAACUGGGCUCAGCUGCAGCCGGUGCAGGUGGAGGGGGCCCGUAUGGUCCCCCCGUCCGCUGUGGGUCGCUGCGCUGGAGCUCACUCAGUGUGUGACAUCCAGCUGAGCCAGGUGUCUCCUGACAGCUUCACCCCACUGGGUCCUCUCUGUACCAUGUUCAGUGUGGAUUUCAGUAAGCUAGUAAGCAGCGCAUUCCAGUCCCACUCCUCCCAGUUUGUGGCUCAGUCUGGCGGUCGGGCCCAGGUCGUCCUGUCCUGGUGGGACCUUGACAUGGAUCCCGCGGGAAGCAUUGUUUGCACCAUGGCUCCCAGCUGGACAUACCCACAGCCAGAGAUGGCUCCGUGGCGGGACCACUGGAUGCAGAGUGUGUACUUCCUGCCUGUGGAGAGCAGGGUGACAGAAGGAGAGGAGCUGAGUCUGACUGUCUGCCAUGAUGACUACAGUCUGUGGUACAGCCUGCGGUCUCACAGCCAACAGGACACUCAGACUGAGGCUCUUCCCUCUCGGCCGUGUUGUACCUGCCAGGCUCACCUGGUUUGGACUCGGCCACGUUUCGGUGAACUCAACGACAGACGGCGUACAGAGAGCUACGUCAGGGCACUGCGCAGCGUUCUGAGGGAGGACAGCGUGUGUCUUAGCGUCAGUGAUGGAAGUCUGCUUCCUGUGUUUGCUCACAUGCUUGGAGCCAAGAAGGUCGUAGGUUUGGAAAGCUCCAGAAUGUCUAAACAGGUUAUUGAGCAGGUGUUGGAAGCCAACUCGAUGAAAGGCGGUGUUGAGCUGCUGGAGACCAGGCCUGAGCAGCUGACCAGAAAUGAUCUAGGAGGGGAACAGAUCUCAGUCCUGAUGAGUGAACCGUGCUUCAGCACCAGCCUCUUACCCUGGCAUUCCCUGUUCUUCUGGUACUGUCGGACCGCCCUGGCAGGCCUUCUCCGGCCCAGCGCCACCAUCAUGCCCUGCUCUGCCACACUUCACAUGGUGGCUGUAGAGUUCCAGGAUUUGUGGAGGAUAAGAGCACCGUCUGGAACAUGCGAGGGCUUUGAUGUCACACCCAUGGAUGAAAUGAUCCAGCGAUCUCUGGAUUACCGUGAGUCCCGUGAGGCGGAGCCCCACCCUCUCUGGGAGUACCCGUGCCGUGCUCUGACCCAGUCCACAGCCGCCAUGACCUUUGACUUCACACAGUGUGUCCCUCAGCAGCCAAUCAGCAGUCGGGGCUCACUCCCUUUCAUAAGGAUCGGUCGUUGCCAUGGUGUCGCGCUGUGGAUGGAAUAUCACCUGACCGAUGACAUCACUGUCAGCGCAGGUCUGAUUGGACCGAUCAGCGAGCAGGGCGAGUGUGAGUGGAGUCGCCACAGGAAACAAGGAGUGUAUUUCUUCAGGUCACCUCAGGUCAGCUCAGAUGAUGGCAGAGCUGCAGUGUCUUACAGCUUCACCUUUGAACCCAGUUUAGGAGACAUUAAGAUGGACUUCAGCGUCGAGUCUCAGUGAUGUGGAGCAAUCGCUGACUGAAAAACAGACUCUUUGUGCUUUUUACCUCAGGUCACUGUUUGCAUAUUUAACAUCUGUGACUCAGCAAAUACGGUUUUAUUGUUCUGACUGAAACGGUAUAGGUCAUAUAUAUCAUCCCCGAAACUGAACCAGAAUUCAGUGUUUUAAAACUCUCCGCUACAUCUCAGAGGGUUACUGAUGAUAAUCCUGACAAUUAUAAUUUAGAUUGAGGGCUUCAUUUAAGAGCAAAACAUCAGAAGAACUUAUAUUUAUUGUGUACCAGAGGGGAUCAACAUUUUGAAUGAAUUAACAGUUUUAUAUUGGUUGUCCAGUGUUACUGAAUGAAGUUUAAAUAUUUUUGAAGAACAGACAGCAGGACCAUGUCACUGAUGAGCACUUCAAAUUGAAUGAUAAAUUCUAAUGUCGCAGACUGUUGUGUUCAGUAAAGGCUCGCUGUCCUUUAAGGUGCCGUUAUUCAACAGUUGGAGUAAUGCACUGAUAUGAGAAUGUACCAUCAGAUGACUUUUAGCCACAGUGAAAUAAAUGGGACUCCUAUAAAGUCUGGUUUUAGUUUAUUGUAUUAAAUUAAAAACAAAAAGGCAGCAACACAUCUUAUUGCCAAACUGUUUCAAAUGCCUUCAUAUACAUUGAUCAGCUUGGACAGUUUAGAUUGUGUUUGUAUGGACCUCUGUAUGCUUCAGUUAUACUGGUGAACUUUUGACUUUAUCCUGUAACUAUGUCAGUGGUCAGGUGUAAAUAAAACCUUUAAAAGGAACAACAAGAGCAAAUGUA